CGCUGCUCAAUUCCAGACUGUUUCAAGUUUGCUCACUCAGGAGGAAAGUGCAUUGCGCACGGUGGGGGAGCUCGAUGCACAGAAGAUGGCUGCAAAAGUCGUGCUCGGUCGAAGGGUAAGUGCUACACUCAUGGCGGCGGCAUGGUCUGCUCCCACCCAGAGUGCACGACGCGGGCUAAGACCAAGGGCAAAUGCGUUGCUCACGGAGGAGGCACUCUUUGCUCUGAAGCUGGGUGUGACAAGCUGGUGAUUUCGGACGGAAGGUGCAUCGCGCAUGGU